GCCAUGUUGAUGCAGUAAUCACUUGUCAGCUGAGUGGACCGGUUUCGUGAAGAAUUCCUCGCAGGUACUUUGUAAGGCCAGUAAUGGAUGUGAUAGUAAUCGGGUGCGGGGCAUCAGGUAUAGCGGCGCUUCGGAAACUGCACGACGCCGGCCUCAAGGUCAUGGGGUUGGAGGCUGACGAGAGAAUUGGCGGGAGAAUCCGAACUAUCGAAUACGGAGACUGCCAUCUUGAUUUGGGCGCAGCUUGGUGCCACGGCGAAAAAGACAACGUGGUCUUCGAGCUAGCGAACCCUCUAGGUCUGCUAGGUAGACCGGAUCCCGACAACAAAUGGUACCUUCUCUCAACAGGACAGUUAGUAGCCAAUGAACUCAGCGAAAGUAUUCUUCAGGCCAUCAACGACGAAGUGGCGAAUGCUGAGAAGAACAAUACAGAGUCUAUAAAGGAUUGCGUUAGGAAUGCGGCCAAAAAUAACCCGACGUUGAAAAAGAAUCCACAACUCGCGAAAUAUUUCGUGGAAUUCUUUGAGAAGAAUAGCCAUGUGGGUGGAGAAAGUGACCCGAAGCUGGGGAAAUCGCUGAAAGGUCUUGAGGAGUGUUGGGGCUGCGAGGGAGAGUUCAUGCUGAAUUGGAAAGGCCGAGGGUACAGGACUAUCUUGGAUGUUCUGCUGAAAAAGUAUCCAGACCCAUCAAAGCAGAUAUCCAUUCCAAUACAUCUGAAGAAAGAAGUGGAGACCAUAAAAUGGCGGACGAGUCCGAGCAGUGCUGACGCUAAUAACCCCCUAGUGCACGUCAGUUGCAAAGACGGUAGCUUGUAUGCUGCCAAAAGCGUCAUUGUUACAAUGUCGCUUGGAGUUCUAAAGGAGAGGUACAGCAACCUUUUCAACCCGCCAUUGCCAGCUGAAAAAAUAAACGCCAUCAAAAACUUACAACUUGCUGUUCUUGAUAAAAUCUACAUCGAUUUCACUAAACCAUGGUGGCCAAAAAGUCCUGCCAAUUUUACCAUCCUCUGGACUGAUGAGGACAAGAAGAAACUUGGAAACUCCUGGGUGACAGAAAUCGUUGGGUUAUAUUCUGUGACCCAAUACCCUAAUAUGCUCCUAGCUUGGAUAUACGGAGAAGCGGCCAUCAAAAUGGAGAAAGCAAGCGAACAAGAAGUCAAGACUGAAAUUAAUAAGAUGCUGGAGUUGUUCUUUAAAAAGGAAUUUAAAGUAACACCAGUCAAGAAUAUACUGAGAUCUCAAUGGGGCUCAAAUCCGCUAGCGCGCGGCUCUUAUUCGUACCGUAGUGUUGCCAACGAAGAAAAUGGCGGAAGCGCUAUAGUUCUCAGCGAACCGCUAUACCACGCCAACCACUUCCCAGUCGUAUGCUUCGCCGGGGAAGCGACUUCGCACCACAGACAUUCCGCCGUCCACGGUGCUAUAGAAGCCGGCUUCCGGGAAGCCGAUAGAUUGAUUGCCAGCCUCAAAAAAUGAUUUGUUAUUGCCAGUCUCAAAAUAUAAUUUGUUAUUGCCAGCCUUAAAAAUAUGUUAUUGAAGACUUCAAAACAGAGACGUUCGACAUUUUUAAAGUUUUU